GCCGCAUCUUCCCACGCUCCCGAGCCUCGACCGACCGGGAGUCCGUGACGCUCGCCCACCACACCCCCACCGCGCCGCCUCACUCACGCCGGGAAUGGCCUGCUCCCACCUCGCCGCGGCGCCUUCCGCGGGGUCCGCCGCGGCCCGGGCGCGCUCGCCGGCGUCCUCGCCGGCACCCGCCUUCUCGCGCGUCCCGGCGGCGCGCCGAUACGCGAGAGGCGGGCUGUCAGUUAGGGGCGGGAAGGCAGCGUCCCCCGUGGCCGUCGGCGCGGCCGCGGCGGCGCCGGUGGCGGACCUGGACGGCCGCCCGGCCACGGAGAAGCAGCCCAUCAUCGUCAUCGAUAACUACGACAGCUUUACCUACAACCUGUGCCAGUAUAUGGGGGAGCUUGGAUUAAACUUCGAGGUAUAUCGCAAUGAUGAACUGACCAUAGAGGAUGUAAAAAGGAAGAACCCAAGAGGAAUACUUAUUUCUCCAGGGCCUGGUGAACCGCAAGAUUCUGGUAUAUCAUUGCAGACUGUUCUUGAAUUGGGCCCAACCAUCCCAAUUUUUGGAGUUUGUAUGGGUCUGCAGUGCAUCGGGGAGGCAUUUGGAGGAAAGAUUAUCCGGGCUCCUUCUGGAGUGAUGCAUGGAAAAAGCUCUCCAGUUUAUUACGAUGAGGAAUUAGGAAAGGCCUUAUUCAAUGGCUUGCCAAACCCUUUUACUGCCGCGAGGUACCACAGUUUGGUGAUCGAGGAAGAAACCUUCCCACAUGAUGCUCUAGAGGCCACUGCAUGGACUGAAGAUGGGCUUAUCAUGGCCGCCCGCCACAAGAAGUACAAGCACAUCCAGGGCGUCCAAUUCCACCCGGAGAGCAUCAUCACCCCUGAGGGCAAGAAAAUCAUCCACAACUUCUACAAAUUCAUUGAGGAACUGGAGAAGCAGCGUUCGUAGGGAAGAUGUGCCACCAGUGGCUCCAUAGAUCAGGCCGAAGCAUAGGAAAGUCGCUUGGAACGCACGGUUGCAGGAUUGGCACCGAAAGUUAACUUGGAAGCAGCUUUCCUCUCUUCAUUUUUCUGCGUUCAUUGUAAUGAAAGCCGCGUGGACCCAGAUUCUGAAUAAACUCAUCUGAUGAAAUAAGCACCGGUGCUGGUGCUCUUCCGAUGAAUAAAUCCGGUUAUUUUCGGCA